UAUUGAAAAAUACAAAAAAUCUGCAGUGCCGAGUGCGCGAAAUUUUGCGUGUAACUUCUAAGUGUAAUUAUCAUUAUUCUUAAUGUAACAAAUACCCGAUAUAAUCUAGAUUCUUGCACUACAAUUACUGAUAAAAAUCAACUAAAACAGAGUAGUUGCCACGCAUAUAACCACGUACUUCAUUAAAUUAUUUAACAUAAUGGUGCAUAAAGGCAUUCGUCCUUUAGUUUUUUGCGGACCAUCGGGAUCAGGAAAAAGUACAUUGCUGAAACGCCUUCUCAAAGAAUUUCCCGAUAAAUUUGGAUUCAGCGUGUCGCAUACAACGAGAAAACCUCGACCUGGUGAAAAAGACGGUGUUCAUUAUCAUUUCACAGUCAAAGAUGAGAUGGUUGCUGCUGUUGAGAGGGGAGAAUUUAUAGAAACGACUACAUUCAGUGGAAAUAUGUAUGGAACAAGCAAACGAGCUAUUGAAGAUGUACACCGCACUGGGAAAACUUGCAUACUUGAUAUUGAUAUUGAAGGUGUGAAACAAAUAAAAACCACUGACUUGGAGCCAUUGCUGGUUUUCGUGAUGCCACCCUCUAUUGAAGAACUAGAGCGACGUUUACGAGCUCGUAACACUGAACAAGAGGAUGCUUUAAAGAAGCGAUUGGAAGUUGCCCGUAAAGAGAUUGAAUUUGGUCAAGACCCGAGAAACUGCCACAUUAUUAUUGUCAAUGACAAUCUGAUUAAAGCUUACGCUGAACUGCGGGAAUUCGUUGUGAAGAAUGUGAAGGAUGACAAACCAGAUCGAAGGAGCUUGGUACUACUGCGCCGAUGAAAAUAAAAAAGGAAGAUUAUUGAUUCCUAAAUAUAACUCACUUUUUGGUUAUAAUAUCUCACCAACGAAAGAACACUUUGUUUCAAAAUAGUACUUAUAAUUUUACAAUAUUAAAUUUCUUUUUAUAAAUAUUUUCUUUGUUAAUUCUAAACCAUUCCAUCGAUUAUUGCAAAAUUGUGAUUAUUUGCUUUAUUUGUUAUUA